UUUCAAUAUUGACGUAAACGUAUAACAAUUCUGCCAACGGAGCGAGUAGGUACUCUGUGAGUCUUGCGCGCUCGAGGUCUGAGGCUCAGUGUGCGCCGCGACUCGGUGGUGAACGCACGUCGCGCCGCCUCGAGUGACGAGUGAUCGCAACCCUGUGAAGUGUCCGUGUCAGUGUUGUGAACGUGCUACUAACAGAUCUUAAUAAAACUGCGUGUGUGACCCUGUUAGUUACUAUAGUGCACUAAAUUAGUUAUAUGCCGUUAUGAGCAUGAACGAACGUGUUUAAAAACGCAGGUAGUGAUGCGCCGGGGCAGACCUAGGCCGUGACGUCACGCCGCCAUGCCGCCGCUCGCGCUGCUGCUGCUGCUACUCCUAGUGCACGGGGACACCAAGACCGUGCAGCAGGACAAGCUUGCGGGCGUGCGAACGGUGGACGUCCAAGCCGUAGAGGGCAUGGUGGCGCAGUUCCCCUGCGACCUGGGCACCGCGGCCAACGACAAGGUCUACAUGGUGUUCUGGUUCCGGGACGAUGCUGGCAUCCCGCUGUACAGUUUCGACGUGCGAGGCAAGCCGCUCUCCGAAGCGCGUCACUGGUCCGCGCCAGAAGUGUUCGGCCCGCGCGCACACUUCGCUACCUCGCCGCCGCCGGCCGCGCUCCUAGUGCGCGACGUCAAACGGCGAGACGAGGGCGUAUAUCGGUGUCGGGUGGACUUUAGGAACACUCAGACCACGAGCUUUAGAUACAACCUCACUGUUGUUGUGCCUCCAGAGAAACCGGUGGUGGUGGAUCGCUGGGGGCGCGUCAUCAACACCACCACGUUGGGCCCGCACCAGGAAGGAGACGACGUUCUGCUUACCUGCCGAGUACUUGGCGGGCGACCAGAACCAACAGUCCGAUGGCUGGUUAACGGCGUACUAGUAGACGCCGAAUAUGAACAAAACACCGGUGACGUCAUCGAGAACCGCCUCAUGUGGCCGGCGAUACGGCGCGCUGACUACGCCGCUGUGUUCACUUGUCAAGCUGCUAAUUCACAAUUAGUCCCACCACGAGAAGUGUCCCUAGUCCUGGAUAUGUUCUUGAGGCCACUAACAGUAGAAAUACGUAGACCUACAGAAAUAGGCGAAGGAGGCUCUUUGACGGCCGAGCGGCGGUACGAGGUCUCCUGUGAAUCUGCAGGAUCGAGGCCGCCUUCCGUUAUUACGUGGCACAAGGGAAAGCGGCUGCUAAAGCGGAUCACGGAGGAGGUCCGUGAGAACCUAACAGUCAGCGUAAUGAGCUUCGUUCCUACGCUAGAAGACGACGGCAAGGCGAUCACUUGUCGAGCAGAAAACCCUAAUGUGACUGCGUUACAUAUGGAGACUUCGUGGACGAUUAACGUUGUCUAUCCUCCAGUGGUGCGGCUACGGCUAGGCAGUACGUUGGCUGGCGGAGAUAUCAAAGAAGGCGACGACGUGUACUUCGAGUGCCACGUUCGUGCCAAUCCCGUCGCGCGCAAACUCUCGUGGCUACAUGACGACCGGCCUUUAGCCCACAACGCGUCAGCGCGCGUAUUCCACAGCAACCAGAGUCUCGUGCUACAAAAAGUUACAAGGCACUCUUCUGGACGAUAUGCUUGCUCAGCGCUCAACGCGGAGGGCGAGACGGUCUCGAAUGAGCUGCAUUUUCGUGUCAAAUACGCACCAUCAUGUCGCACCGGCGCGGGUUCGCCCUCCGGCGUGUCCGUAGUCGGCGCGGCGCGGGGCGAGGCCGUAGUCAUCGUAUGCGAAGUCGACGCAGACCCACCGGCAGCUGUGUUCAAGUGGAAGUUCAACAACUCGGGCGAGACCAUAGAUGUGGCUGCCGACCGGUAUACGUCCAACGGCAGCGCUAGUAGCCUCAAAUACACGCCGGUGGCGGACUUGGACUAUGGCACAUUAUCCUGCUCGGCGUCCAACGAGGUGGGCUCGCAGCUCGCGCCCUGUGUCUUCCAAAUGGUAGCUGCCGGCAAACCGCAUCCGCCUCGCAACUGCUCCCUAUGGAAUCAGACGGCGGAAUCAGUAGAAGUGGCAUGCCUGGCCGGCUUCGACGGUGGCCUGCCUCAGACUUUUCUGCUGCAGGUCUACUCUGCAGGCGAGAGCAUGCCCAGAGUGAACCUGUCAUCAGACGAGCCCUCAUGGACGGUGCGGGGUCUGGAGUGGGACGUGAGGUUCCGUCUCGAAGCCGUCGCGGUGAACGGCAAGGGCCGCAGCGCACCCGCGCCGCUUGAUGACGUGUUGUUCCGGGAUCCUGAGAAGAGAACAGCGUCAGACACGGGGCUCGGGCUAGGCAGCACAGCAGGCGCCGUCGGCGCGCUCGGGCUCGGCGCCGGCGCCUGUGCGCUCCUCGCCGGCGCGUGCGCGCUAUCACGCCGACGCCAAUCGCGCGCCAAACCGCCGCCGGCGCCCGCGGUGCGCGCUACGAUGGCCCCCGCGCCUGUCGAGGAUAUCAAGAGGCCUGAUCAUGAUGACGCCGAACCGGACCUCAUACCAAAUAAUUACUGCGAAUCAGCGGUGGGCAUCGGACGACUAACAGCAGCAUCACCAGCACGGACUGCUCCCGCGCCACUUUCCACCCCAGCAAGUGCAUGCAAUGGUCCCGGCGCAUCAUGGACGUGGGGCGCGCGGCCUCGUGAGCUCGCGGUCGGCGCACCAGCGCCGCCGCCAACAAUCGGCCGCAGCGCCUCCGCUACGCUACGCGCCGCCGCCGAUCUCAACGUCGACGCUAUCAAAGAAAAACUGCUCGACCACCGGAUCCCCGAGUCUUGCGUCUAGUCUAAUUUAGGUGAAUACGAAGCUCCCCGCCGUUGUCGACAAAAAUGUUAUCACACCACUUCUUCUCUAGUCUAUCAGAGAACAUAUCAAUAUACGAAUAUGAUUGCUUUAUUCUUAUUUAUAGCAAUUUUGUACUUACGAAUAUGUACCAUAUCAGAAAACAUAUCAAGCUUAAGUCCUAAUUCAGCCAUGAUAUUUUAUUGUACAUAAUCUCCUUUAGUUGAAUAGGUACGAAAGCCUCGGAGGCGCUUUGUUGAACAAAGCGCUUGAAUUUCGCGAGCUCUGUCAACACACGCUGCAAUCAAUUUGAGUGGUGAGGUGACAAAAAUUCCGUUUAUGAGAGUAACAAAACAAGAUAUAUAUACUCUUGAAAGCCCGGGCGGAGCGUGCACGUUACAAUUUUAAUUUGUUAGCCA